UUGUCUCACGGGAGAAACUCCCAAAAAAAUAAAAGGAAAACAAGACGAAAAAAAGGGAAAAAUAGAGAAGAGAAGAAGCGAAUAGAAUCCGCCAUGGCUAGACCCGUAAGCGCCGCCUCCAGAGCAGCAGUCCGACCGUCGUCCGCCACCGCCUCGACGACCAUAACGCUAGACAAUCCGGACGGAUCGUCGUCGUCGUCGUCAUCGUCACAGACGCAACAGCCGAAAACCCUAACGCUGCGCCUUAAUCGGAAAAAGAAGCAGGUAACGUGGAAAGAAGGCACCGUGGACAACGAGUUCAUGCAGAAGAAGAGCUCGAAGAAAUGCUGCAUCUUCCAUAAGGAAAAGCCCUUUGACGAGGACGACAGCGACCAAGAAAACGACGACGAUGACGGCCACAACCACCACGACAGAGGCGGCGACAUGGGUUGUUGCUCCAAGGAUCACGAUCAAUCGUAAGUGCAAGAAAUGAGAUGUAAAAUAGUCGGAAU